AUCUCUUGAAACUAAAAGCAAACACAGGUAGUGGCAUCUGAAGUGGAGGAGGAGUGAGCACCAUUAAAAAACGACGGGAAAAGGUUUCAUGUCGCAUUUCACAAUUUCCUCACAAAAUGAUUUACAAGCAUCAGUGUGGCUUUAAGGAGUGUUUCGAUUUCAUCGCCUGUGGGAGGGAACAGAAAUGCUGAUCUCACACCGACUAAGUGGACCGUGCAGUUAGAACAGAAUCUACAAGUGCAACUGAACUAAAGUACACACACACCUACAUAUUUAAGAAAGAACAGUUUUGAAAAUGAUGAAGAAACAGUUUAAUCGGAUGUUACAGUUGGCAAACCAUACUGCUGCCAGAAGUGAGAAUUCGGAACUUCUCAGUGAAGAUCUCAUCCAGUUUGAAAACCGGAUUGAACCCACCAGACGAGCGACCUUCACCACACACAAAAGGCUAUUGUCCUGUCUUCAGAGUCAACCAGGGUCCGACUUUGAGAAGCGUCUGAAAAAGAUGCCCCUAAUGUCCCUGUCACAAAGCAUGUUGGAGAGCUGCAGAGAACUGGAUGGUGAAUCCCCCAUUAGGAAAAUCAUGGAGCUUUGCUCAUCGGUCGAAAAUAGUUUAGCAAAAGCCUUAGUUGAACAUGAACUUCAAUUGGAGAAAGAAGUCCUGGACCCACUCUUCAAACUAUCUGAGGAGGAACUGCCAAAUACUCUCAAACACAAGAAGCAGUUGGCCAAACUGACACUGGACUGGACAGCUGCCAAGAAUCGACUAAGCCAAGCAACAAAGUCAGGCAAUACAGGAGCUGCUGUUCAGUCUGCGACAGCUAAAGUGGACCUUCUCAAGGACGAGGUGGACGAGAUCUGGAGGAGAGUAGAACAGUCCAAGGAUGAAUAUGCUGCUGACCUUUAUCACUUUGCCAGCAAAGAAGAGGAAUACUCCAAUUACUUCUGCUCAUUAUUGGAAGCACAGGCUGAUUAUCACAGAAAAUCACUAGAUGCAUUAGAUGCCUUACUGCCUGUAUUGAGGAGCAGCACCAACACAUCAGGUGGCAAUAUGGAGAAUCCUGCCUUUGGACAGCCACUGGAGGAGCACCUGAAAACUUGUGGACGGGAAAUCGCUCUUCCCAUCGAGGCGUGCGUCAUGAUGAUGCUGGAAAAAGGAAUGAAGGAAGAGGGACUGUUCAGAUUAGCAGCUGCUGCUUCCGUACUGAAACGGUUAAAAUCUGCUCUGGAUAGUGGUUCCUUUGACCCUAUGGAGUUCAACUCAGACUCACACGCUGUGGCAGGUGCACUGAAGUCCUACCUUCGUGAAUUACCGCAGCCCCUCAUGACAUUUGACCUUUACGAUGAGUGGUUCCAAGCUGCCAGUGAGAAGGAUCUUCCCAAGAAGGUGGAAAGUCUGCGGGAAGUUUGUGCUAAACUACCUCCAGAAUCCUACAAUAACUUACGCUAUCUCAUUAAGUUCUUGGCAAAGUUGGCAGAGUAUCAGGAAGUGAACAAAAUGACUCCUAGUAACAUCGCCAUCGUGCUGGGGCCAAACCUCCUCUGGCCCAGGGAUGAAGGAAAAGUAUCACUGAUGGACAUGGCGUCAGCAUCUUCUGUCCAAGUUGUGUCGGUUAUGGAGCCCAUCAUUCAAAAUGCAGACAGCAUCUUCCCAGAAGAUUUAGAUUUCAGUGUGUCAGGAAUGUUCGGGCCGAGUAUUCUGUACUCAAACUGCACGUCACCAAGAAAAGAGAGCAGCUCAACAGAACAGGCACAGACCUUACCUCCCCCAGUUAAACCCAUCACUGACCAGAAGGAAGAGUUAAUUCGCAUCCGCUCUGCUCCCUCUCCCAGAUGUGUAAACGACGAGAGCCCCUCAAUCCCCCCACCGUCAUCACCAGCUUCCACCUCCGGCAAUGAGCCAAGCAAAAUGGAGGCUCAGGCUGUUGAGACCAGAUCCAACCUGACUCUCGCCGUCAUUGACCAGACUUUCAACCUCUCCGUGAGAAAAGUAAAGAAACCGGCUCCGACAAGACCAACCUUCCCUCCACCCCAGCAACCAAAAGCCAGCCUGCCCUGGACAUCUAACCCAGUGUGUGCUUCAUUAACCCUCCCAGCAGAUGAAAGGAGCAUUGUCACUCACAGAGUUAGUGUUGGUCCCAUUCGGGAGUCGUCCAUAAACCCUCCUCCUGCUUCCCUCACCCUCCCAGCAGAUGAAAAGGGCAUAAUCACUCGAAGAGCCACUGCAGGUGCCAUUCGGGCACCAGCCAUGGCCCCUCCCCCUGUUCCUGCCCUUCACCUGCAUCAACGAACUGUCAGCUUGGAUUUACCCUAUUCCGAAGAGGUUUCCCUGCAGGGAAAUCUCGAGGCCCAGCAAAGGCCCAACCCAGAAAUGCUACCCUCCCUGCCUCGCUGCUGCCAAGUUGGGUGGAACAAGCAGCCACAGCCACUGCCUAGAAGUAGGGUUUUUUCUGCCAGUCAAGCAGUGCGUUCAAGCAUGAAAUCGGAACUGAAUGGAUCUUCCUCUGUGAAACAGCGUGGACCCCAGGAGCAGUUACCACCAGCCAUCACAGAGGGCGCAAAGGAGCAAUCAUGAUUCUAUAAACUCAGUGUGGGAUUGGUCAGCACCAAAGGCCAAGCAAGUCUCAAACAUUUCAUUGGUCCGCCCUUUGUUCAACAACCGUCAAUGAGACGAUUUCAAAUUUUGGAUCUGCCCUUUUGAUUGGCCGGUUCACUUCCCAGAAACAUCCAAUCCGAGAGAGGCAGAUUCUGCUGGUACCGGCAAUAGAGUGGGGGGGAAAAAAAGUGCUAUCGUUGAGGAUGACAGCUGGGGAGGUUGGCGUGACGUAAAGAUGCAACGAUAUCUAUGCCAAGUGUGAGCUGGAAAAUUCUCACACCUUGCAAGAGGUGAACAUUCCAGGCCCAGACUGGCGCUCACUCCAACUGAAAACGAUCCCCGCCAUGGUACCAAAUGAUGCAGACCGGUGGAAUUCCCAGAUACGAUUCCGGGAUCUGUGAAGUUAGCUGAUCUCGUUCAGAGGGAACCAGAAAAGAAAGAGCCUUCUGCAGCCCCUCUCCUUGUGAUGUCCCCCAAAUGCCUCACAACCAAUGAUGUACUUUUCGAAGUCACUGUUGUAAUGUGGGAAACACGGCAGUCAAAUUGUGCACAGCAAGAUCCCACUAACAGCAAGGAGAUAAUCUGUUUUUGUGGUGUUGGUUGAGGGAUAAAUAUUGUCCAGAGCACCAGGGAGAACUCCUGCCACUCUUCUUUGAAAUAGCGGCAUGGAAUCUUGGGUGGUGGGCUGGGUAGUGCCAAAGGGCCUCAGCUUAAGGUCUCAUCUGAAAGACAGCACCUCCAACAGUGCAGCACUCCCUCACUGGGAGUGUCAGCCUGGAUUAUGUGCUUAAAUCUGUAGAUUGGGGUCUUGAAGCAAAAAUCUGAGGUCAGAGUGCUACCCACUGAGCCACGCCUGACGUCACGUUGGACACUACAGUUGGCGAUAGCAUCCUGGUGAGCAGAGCGGAAAACCUGCCACAAUUCUUGGACUGGAUCGCUAUUCCGCGCACUUUGCUGGAAAGUGAAUGGGCUUCUGGUGAGAAUUGGACCUGGAUCUCCCUUGAUGCCCCUUUAUUCAAACAUUAAUCUUAUUCAUCACUUAAGACACUGCCGUGUAUUGUCACCCCUCUCCUCCUGGAUGUCAAAUUACAGAGAACCCUUUCCCCAUCACCUUUAGUUUUGUACAGGUUCCCCAUCUUAUCCCUGUGUAAAUAUUAUUUGAAGAGUAUUUGAGUGUAAGUUAAGUAUUCCUAAUACUCCAAUAAAAGAAAAGGACUCCCCCCAAAAGCAAA